AUGACCGAUCAUGGUCUAAAGCACGCCAAGAUGCGGCUGCGACAGCUCCGCAUUGACGUUGAUCGCGAGUUGGCUUUCUAUAACGUUUACAAGACUUGGCCAAGUAUUUUGCGCCUCAGUCAUGAUCUGCUUCGCAAAUCCCUGAGCAAUGACACCCUGUCUGUGCACAGUCCAACAUAUAUGGUGAGGCCCGUGGAGCGCUCGUACAAGGGGCUGCUUAUGGCUGCGUUCUUCGUUGGCGCCAACGCCAAGGUGAAAGCUGUCAAGCCCGAGGAAGUCGAGCAAUACCAGCGCCUAGUGCCUCAGCUGCAAGAGGUUUUGGCCAAAGCCGAGGCGAUGCGGACUGAUCUUCUCUCUCGCUACGAACGCGAGUUUCAGGCGAUGCAGCAAACCGCGGCGCGGGCGGCCAGCCACGGCAAAUUGCAGCCAAGUCGCGUCUUCCCCAUAGCCCCACCACUGCCCCUCGGGCCCGGCGAUCCUUUGGCCGCCGUCAAAGGCAACACCGAUUCAAUAGCCAAGACCCCACCCGCAAGUGUACCCACGGCGACAGCUGAGAAUGACUUGUCGUUGCAGCAGCGCUUAUUAGCACUUCAACCCGAAAGAUCGAGCAGUAGCAAAUUCUCCAACAUUGAAGAACCGUUGCGAGCAUCGAGCCCUCCAACUCAAACCACGCACGUCGGUCACGGUGGGAAUCACGCUGGCGAUCUUCUCAGCACGCGCAUACCACCCACCAGCAGUGAGACCCCAGCGCCCGCUCCCACUUCUUUCCCAGCCUCAGCGGUGCCCAAAAGGACGUUGGAUGAAUUGUACGCGAGUAUGGGCGAUCUGAGGCUGAAAUCCAACCCUUUGGAGCAGUACCACGACGCUAUCCGCCAGCCCACACAGCGGCAGAUCAUGCAGGAACAAGCCCUGCAAAGGCUGCGUGAAGGCGAGGAAGCCAGCCCCGCGAUUGACGGCCACUUGACGCAUCAGCACCAGAUUCCCUCGUCAGUCGAUUCUCCUUAUCAGGCUUCGACAGCAACAAACAACACAGCCGCGUAUCCCGUGUACCCAGCAACGGCUGCCACAAUGCACAUGGCCCCGGAUCACUCACCACAAUGCUACUGGCCAAGGUCAUCAACACACAUGCCUUCUUACGCUUCUUAUGGCCCAUCAUCUUAUGGCCCAUCAUCUUAUGGCCCAUCAUCUUCCACGCCUGCAUUGGGUUAUUACAACAUGAGCGCCCCUACCAACUUCCCGCUGCCUUCUUCGGCCAUGACUCCCGCGAGUUUGUCUCCUCGCGAUGCGCGCCCAGGCCUCGUCCAGACAGGCACGCAGGCAAGCGUUUUAGGCUGUCCACACGGCAAUAGCACGGGGCCCGUUGUGCCGCGCGUCGUGGAGGAUGAUCCCAAGCUUGCACGCAUAGCUUACGAUCCCAUUCUUUUCGACCAGUUUCUCACGCACGCUCGCGGUAACAGUGAACGCGAUCAGGAGACUUGUGGCAUCCUUGCUGGCCGCUUACAAGCAGACGGAAGCUUUCUGCUCUCACACGUUUUGAUACCAGCCCAGAGUGGGGAUGCCAAUGGAUGCCAGCCGACAGAGGCAGGCGACGAAGCCCUCUUUGGGUAUCAGGAUGAACACGAGCUGUUGACGCUAGGAUGGAUACACACGCAUCCCUCACAGACGGCCUUUCUGUCCAGCGUGGACCUGCACACCACGCUGUCAUAUCAGCUGAUGCUACCCGAGGCUUUGGCAGUCGUGUGUUCUAUCAAAUACAACGACAUUCGCCUCUUCCGUCUGACUGCACAGGGCGUGACAGAGGUCUUGGAAUGUCAACAACGUGGCCACCACCCGCAUUCGGCACAAGGCCUCUUUGUGGAUAGCGGCCACACAAUACAGCGUCAGAUGCCCGAUUUGGUUCAGAGAGACAGAGAGACAGAGAGAGACAAGAGAGAGACAGAGAGACAGAGAGACAGAGAGACAGACAGAUACAUGUACAUAUUGCGACGACUGACCGUCACCAUGCGUGCAACGACCGUGGCUUGCCUGAUGGCGGCGCUGGCCGCCUCGGCCUGUGUUUCCGCUAUUGAUAUGAACUUGCAUGUCAUGACGGACAAAGCUGAUGAGGGCGCCUUGUGCCUCGACGGCUCCCCUGGCGCCUUUUAUCAUUCUCCCGCUGCCAGCAGCGACGACACCAACAAGUGGAUCAUCUUCUUCCAGGGCGGUGGCUGGUGCUAUCAGGAGGUGAAUACCGUCAUCUCGUCUUAUAUCCGUUGCCCGGGCACCUUGUCCCCGCCCGCCUCACACCAAUUUUGCAACUACAACCGCGUCCAGCUCUCCUACUGUGACGGCGCUUCGUUCAGUGGUGAUCGCACGGAUCCCAUUAUUGUCAACGGUACCAAGCUUUGGUCUCGUGGUCACCGCAUCUUGGAUGCUACUCUCGAAACCCUUAUGGACAUGGGCCUGGUCAACGCCACCGAUGUCCUCCUCAGUGGUUGCUCAGCUGGUGGUUUGGCCACUUAUCUUCAUACUGACUAUGUGCACGAAUAUUUGCAAAAGAAGCUGCCCAAUCUGCAGCGAUUCAAGGCCGCCUCUGUGUCGGGCUUUUUCCUCAUGCACAACACCACUGAGAACAAGCCCGUCUACCCCGACGAGAUGAAAUACGUCUUCUCCAUGUCCAACGCAACCAAUGGCGUCAACUCGGACUGUAUUGCCGACAAGUCUGAUGAGGACAAGUGGCAAUGCAUCUUUGGCCCGGAGACCUACAAGUAUAUCAAGGCUCCCAUCUUUGUGCUUAAUUCGGCCCUCGACUCGUGGCAAACGGGUUGCAUCUAUACCUCGGAGUACGUGGCUGCCAACAGCACGCAAAACGGUGCCUGUGCUGCGGCCCCUGGUUGGGGCUCGUGCUCGGGCAAUCCUGAAGAUUGCACCACGGACCAGAUCCCUGCCAUGAUUCAGUACGAGAACGACUUUGUCAAGGCCUUUGAUGUGCCCACUUCCCAAGCGGCUGGCAAUGGUGGCUUUGUGUACAGCUGCCACACGCACUGCGCUGCCUCCAGCAACUCGUAUUAUACCCAGUUUGCUAUCAACAAUGUUACCAUGGAGCAGGCCGUCUCUAGCUGGUGGAACGCUCCGGUCACCGACCCGGCCAGCGCCCACACCUACACGCCAUGCACCUACAAUGACAAGCUCCCUUACCGAUGCAACCCAACUUGCGGCUCCAACUAA